AGAUUUUGUUUGAAACAAUAAGCAGAUAUAUUAAAUUAAUUGAGGAAAUUAAAGUAAUAUCUGAAAUCCCUGUCUCUCACUCGUGCAGCUACGAGGAAGCUCAGUGAAGAGGCUCAUAAUCCUGCCACGUUUCAAUUUGAAAUGCACGCACAUGAAUGCCUGCCUAUAAAUACCAAUAUCUGGCACACACUAACUUUCACAUUAAUUACUAUAUAGUAAUUCUUGAAUUAAAACUAUAUACUAUAAUCUUUCAUACCUUAUAGUACCACAUUUUGUGCAUGGACAUGCCUUCUUCAAGUUCCAACCAUCACAACCCUACCGGCCCUGCUACUUCUCCCUACAGAGGUGUCCGCAAGAGGAAAUGGGGCAAAUGGGUCUCCGAAAUCCGCGAGCCGGGGAUACCACAUUUUGACAUGCCACAUGCCUUCUUCAAGUUCCAACCAUCACAACCCUACCGGCCCUGCUACUUCUCCCUACAGAGGUGUCCGCAAGAGGAAAAAUGGGUCUCCACCGACCACAUAGACCACAUACGAAUGGCCGCGCACGAGGCUGCCCUCAGGCUUAGGACUAACACUGUAUCGGUUGAGCCAGGUGAUAAUAUUUUAUCGCCGGGCUCGGCCGCUGCAGUGCCGGUCACGGUGAGACUAUCCCUUCAAGCCAUUACGGCCACCCUCCCGCGCCCUCUCAGCAACAAUGCCGACCACAUACGAAUGGCCGCGCACGAGGCUGCCCUCAGGCUUAGGACUAACACUGUAUCGGUUGAGCCAGGUGAUAAUAUUUUAUCGCCGGGCUCGGCCGCUGCAGUGCCGGUCACGGUGAGACUAUCCCCAACGCAGAUUCAAGCCAUCAAUGACUCCCCUUUGGACUCACCCAAGUCGUGGAUGCAAAUGCCGGACACAUUCAUGAUGGAUGAUUCAAUGAUGUUUGCAAAUAAUGGGUAUGAUCAAACUUUUGAUGAGGAAAAUGUGCAGUGGAAUGAUUCUCUUUGGGAUCCUUAGAUGGAUAAUUCUCAUUAAGGUUCAGGAUUAUUAUUUAUUCAGGGUAAGGAUGAUAUUUAAUAUAACUUAUAGUAUAUGGUAUAUAGUACAAUUUAAUUGGUCUUAGGUAUAAUAGUAGUAAUAUAAUGUAUUAUUAUUGGGAGCUACUUGUAUUGAAUUAAAUAUUUUAGGUGACGUAUUAAUAUUUGAGUAAGGGUGGAGGAUGACAGCAACUCCAUUUGAUUUAUGCGGUGACUUUAAUGACCUGAUGAAUAAGGUGGAAUUGAAGAAGAAAAUCAGAAUUUUGAAGUCAUUGCUUCCUAUUGUUUUCAUUUCUUCCUUUAUUUCAGGAAUUGAAUGAAGAAAACAUAAGAAACAGGGAGCUUUGUUUAGUGGUAGUUGGAUUUAAUUACUGCAAAACAUAGGCAGUGGUUUACAGCUAAAUUAAAAUUGAUGAUCUUGAAGCAUAGGCAUACCAUGUGGAGAUGCAUGUGUGCGUUAUGGCAAAUUUGAUUAACUGAGAUGAUGGAGAAGAAUAAUUAAUCAUCCAUCAGAACAUAUAUAUGUUACUACUGUUUCAUUUAGAAUUGAAUUAAAUUUGCAAUUGUUUUGAGGGAAUGCCAUUUGUAACUCUUGCCACACAAAGUAAGGCAGUGUUUUUGGAGGGUCCCAUUUAUGUAACUAUCAAAGUAGGUAGUGCUUUGGGGUAGUGAAAACAAAAACAUAUAUUUAUUAUUAUUAAGAGUUUAUUGAGUGUUAUAAUGUUAUGUAUUGUAUUGUAUUAUAGUGGAGGAGACCCCAAUGUCACAAAAUUGUUUUGCUGGCUGUGUUUCAUAGGCCUGUGGUGUCAUUUGUUUAAUCAUCAUAUUCUAUUGUUUAAAUAAAGGUAUUGGAAUUCCAUUUGUCAAGUAGAUGAAGCACUACUUAGAUUUUUUUGU